AUGAACAGAAGUUCAAACGAGCUUUACCUGUUGAGAGGGUUCAAAAACGCCUUUGGCUUUUUUAACUUGUUUGGGGGCGACGACAAUGAGCAAUUUUGCGAGGACGUCAUCGCUCACCUGGGCGACAUAACUAAGAUGAAGCAGCUCACACAGAGUCACACGAACAGGAAGGUGAUGGAAGGAGAAACAAUGAAAAAGAUUUUCCGCCACGUCCUAACCUCCUCCAUCAGUUACAGAGUCUUAAAUUGUGUGUCCUACCUGAUUAGACAUUACCAGGUCGAUCGAUCAAAGCUGUGCACCCUGCUGAACGAAUUAAGCGACGAAGUGAAGGAAAUGAGGGAUGCAGAAAAUUUCCUGGCCCUGCACAUUUUCUUCCUCGCGGACGAGAGCGUUGCGCUCUUCUCCAUGAUGCACAUAAUAGACUUCUUCAGAAGUAAACGCAAGUUGAUGGAAGCCCAGGACGUCAUUCGGAAAAAGAUUUACGAGCAGUGUGUGAAUGACCUCAUUAGAAAAAAAAUCGCCAAGUACAAACUCUUUUGUGAACGGAAGAGAAUUACAUUUCACUUAGGAGAUGCCUUAAAUAAAAUUCGUUUGAAUGAAAAGGAGGAAGACAUUUAUUUCAGUUACAACCACGCGGAGCUGUUAAAGGCGUUUGUCACAAAGGUGUCUGUGGAGAAGGGGAAGGGACUAGGUGGUGCAGAACUGGGAGAAAAUUUUGCUGGAGGCGGUCAUGUGGGUGAUGUGCACAGGGUAGGAAGCGUGGCCCACCCCAGUACUCAUCACACGAGUGAAUAUGCAGCGGGUGACGUUGCUAACCGCACGGCUGACCACACGGCUGACCACACGGCUGAGCGCGUCGCGGACGCAUGCGCAGAAGCAGAGGAAAAUGAAAACUUGAUGGAGCUGAAAAAGACGUACCAGGAGAUUCAGUCCUUUAACGACUCCAUAAUAAAGCACAUCGAGUCGAACCAGCGCCUCUUCUACUUUUAUGAAAACGAGUCUGAGUUUAGGAAGCGCAGAAGGCAGGCCAAUGGAGAGCAGGGGCAACAUGGGAACAACGGCGAGGACGGAGCAGCAGAAGAAGGAGGAGCAGCAGAAGGAGGAGCUGCAGAAGAAGGAGAAGAAGACAUGGAGUCCAUUCAGAAAAGAGUAGACAGCUACAUACACGAAUACACAAAGAGCAAAAAUAUGUCCAUGGACCAGUUCGCUAACGAGUUCGUGCAUCAGGCAGACUUGAAUUUUAGGGAGUUCCUCAAGGGACUACGCUUGGAGGAUGGCGACGCGAUGGAGGAUGGCGGAAGCGAAGAAGAAAUAAACUCUCACAACGCAAUCUCGAAUGAAGGAAUAGUGUCCAUGGCAGGGGCUACCAGUCAGAAGGACCAACUCACCACAUUCAAACUGAAGAAGAUUCACCAAGGAGACACAAACGACUCUGGGUUCCAUCUAACAAACGACAUACUGUACGAACGACUUAGAAUGAAAAUGCUUUACCUGCUUCAAAAAACUGAAUACCUUAAAUAUAAAUACCAGCAUGAAAUUAUAAAUGAAAGAUACCCCAUAGAAAAAAAUGAAAAAACCAUUUUGGACAUCCUCAAGUAUGGGUAUAAGAUUGUUGUUACUCCGGACGUUGACAAUUCAAUUUUUCAGCAUAAUCGAAAUGUGCACGGGGGUCCCUUCUCCUCGUCCUCCAGUCUGUCUUCCAACGGUGUGAAGGGCGACCUGCGGGAGGGGGCACUGAGCGGAGACGCCUACGAGGACGGCGAGUCCCUGCACACUACAAAGCGUGUGUACAACUUCAAGUGUCGCCAAUGCGAUUAUCACAUUUUCAGAACGGGUAAAAGAUGA